CUGUCCUCAUUUUUUCCCAAGAACAAUGUCUAACAAUGGGGAGGCACUUGGGCUGCAUCUUCCCCGCUUGUUCAUAGUUUUGAAGUACAUAUACGAGGCAAGGCGCCUUGCUUGCGCUGAUAUACAAGGUGCUGGGGUUACGGAAUAUUAAGGACAAGUCUCUCGGAUCGUGCAGGAACCGAAAUACAUUGGUUUUUGAUACGUCACAUCCUUGUUUACAAGUGAAGUGUCACAGGUUAGCAUCGUCAGUAACCUGCUGGCUGCGCCUGAGUGAGGGUUGUGUCAUCGCCUCUCAUCUGAGCUGCUACUUCUCUCUAAUAUUGGUGAACAUAAUCUUGUGUAUGCAUUGGUGGAGGGUAAUUGUUAAAAUCAAAUUUUAAGGUAAUUCCUUGGAGGAAAUGCCUAAACAUUAAUUAUUCAAAGCAGUGUAAAAAAUGAACUAAAGAACUUUUUAAGUUUAAACAAGAAUACUAUGGGAGAUCACUAUCACAUUUUGUUGAUACAUAAAUAAAAAUACAAUUUAAGUAAUUUUUAUUUUAUUUAAUUCAUUUACGAUGAUCCAGAAUUAAACUGGAAAAUGUAUAAUUUAGUAGUACCACUUAAAACUAACAUUAUAGUAGAGGUGGUGUAGUGAGGCCGCAGGAUGCAGUCUUUCUCAGUCUAAUAACCGUAGCUGAGCACCUUAAUCAGAAAAAAGAACAUUGCUAGCCUCAUCUAUAUUACUAGUGGGAAACUGACAGCAGCAGCACCAGUGUGUGGAUAAGAGGGAUAACAAUAGUGGCAGGAUAGAAGGUGAAGAAUGCAGGGCAGAAGAAUUCUGGUGCUGGUAGCAACCUCACUCAAUGUUGCUUCUUGCCACUUCAACUCCGUCUCAGGUGGAUGCAAUGUGACCAUCCUGAGUGAGGAGAAUAAUGAGGGGCUGAUUGCUUCUCCUGACUACCCUGGCACCUACCCGCCCUCCACCACCUGCACUUACACAUUUCGAGGCUCCCAGUACCAGAGGGUUCAACUCAUCUUCACCUCCUUCUCUCUUAGGAACGCACCACCUCAUCUCAAACCUCACGAGAGUUGUCAGCAUACUGAUGCAGUUGCCGUGUACAACCUGUUAUGCAACACCACCAUGGACCUGCAAGAAGUGGACACCUUCUGCGGCCUGAGCGUCCCCCUACCAGUCAUGUCCUCAACCUCAGACCUGGGGAUAGAAGGUGGGCAGCAGCCAAUCCCUGGGAUCUGCAAGUUUGUGUACAACAGCAGCUACACUAGUAAUGGUACUCUCUAUUCUCCCAACCCUGGAGGAUACUACCCCCAGGACACCACCUGUACCUACCUCUUUUAUGGCCGUCCUGGUGAAGCAGUCCGACUUAUUUUCAAGUACUUCGACGUGGAAGGUGUCAUGCCGUGCAAUGAGGCAACAGAGAGCGACUCCCUCGAGUUUUCGAACUUCCCAAGCGCUGACCGUAAGAUUCCUUCCUUCUGCGGAAGUGUUGCCCCCACAGUUAUCCAGAGCGAUGGUGCCUUCUUCAGGCUCGUCUUCAAGAGUAACAGCAAGUUUAGUGGGACAGGGUUUACUGCCGACUACCAAUUUCUGGACAUGUCAUACCAACCAUACACUAUCAAGAAACAUUGUUUGCCAUUCCUCAAACCUGAGGUAGGCAUUAUCAGAAGUGUGUACCCUGAUCACCUGAUGGUGCUUGUGCUGUGCAAUCAAAAUUCGUCACAUGGGGGCCACUGCUGUUUCAACAGAAGCACCAACCAAAAUAUAAGUGAUGGCAAACUUACAUGUUUACUCUUGAUUCCACUACUGUGUGUGUAGUCUGGAAAAAGGACAAUAAUGUGACACCUAUUGAGCAUGCUGGUACCUCAAGUAAACAAGAUGCACAAAACUUGAGAAAAGGAAGCUGCAUGUCCUGAUGCUUGUCCAGGCCCUACAACUUGUUGCUUGUGCCACUGACAGUCAAUACCCUCCUAGAUAUCUACAGUCAGCUUAACCAAGAUCUCUCUUACCUGCCCUGUAUGAUAAUUUUGGGAAUGGGACAAAAUUUAAUUCUAAAUCUUACCAAGCUACACUAAGUAUUCUUAUAAGUGGACUCUAAAUUCUGACCAAAUAAAUGUUUAGUUUCAAAGUACA